UUUUAAUUCUCCAAACAAAAACUGGAGAUGAAGAACGAAGCAGCUCCAAUGCAACCACUCUUCCGUCUAAAAUGGCCGUGGGAGUGGGACGCCGUCCCUCAGAAUCAUCCUACAACAAACUCCAAUCUCUGCUCCUACGACCGCCCAUGGCUGUUCAAAUCUCUCAACACCUUGGGCUCCGUCGCCCUCAGAACCUUCAAUUCGAUUUCCAAUUCACCGACCUCUUGGGCGAAGAAGAGCUUGAAUCCCAUCCAAUUGGGACCCGCGACCGGAAAGGGAAGUGCGCUGACACCGGAAGCGCAGUGGGAGGCGGAGCAGAGAGCUUUCGCUUCGGCUCUGGCGAGUGGGAAAGAGGCGACGGUGCUUGAAUUCUAUUCCCCAAAAUGCACGCUCUGCAACUCGUUGGUUAGUUUCGUAGCGGAAGUGGAGAAGAGGAACUCGAAUUGGGUCAAUGUCGUGAUAGCCGAUGCAGAGAACGAGAAUUGGCUGCCUGAGCUGCUGCACUAUGACAUAAAGUACGUUCCCUGUUUUGUAAUGGUGGACAAAAAUGGCAAGGCGGUGGGGAAGACUGGAGUUCCCAGCAGUCGAUUGCAUGUGGUUGCUGCCAUUUCUCACCUUCUCAAGCUCAAGCGUCCCCACUCCUCGACCACCACCAUCGCUGCUACUACUUCUACUGUAACAGGAACACCAACUCAACCACCAUAACUCACUCAGUCAGUCUCCCUCUGCCAAGUCAAGUAGAAAGAUUCUUUCUACCCCGUGAUUUUGAUGGAGGGGCCUUUUGUUGUUGGCUAUAUUCACCACAAAUGGAAAACAAAACAAAUGACAGAAGAAAGCCCCCAGAAUUUCCUGCCCUUUUGAAGGAGUAGUACUAGUGGUAGCAGGGGAAGCUACUGCAUUGUCACCCGCCGGAGGAUGUGGAGCUCUUGUGGCGGCGGCCGGCGGUGGAGUGGUGGUGGUGGUAAUCCUUCCGUCAAUGCAAGAUGAGAAUUUGGUCUCUGCCCAGCUCUCUAUAUCGUACUGACCAUACCCCAGUAUGGUCCUUCCAGAACACAGCCUUCCAAUCAUCACUGCCACAAUGCCGAGAAUCAUGAUCACCACCAGCACCGCGAUGACCGGCCCGAUCGAAGCGUGAGAGGACGACGACGAGUGGAUGGCGAAAGGCUCCUGCCCCAUUUCAGGCUGCUGCUGCUGCUGCUGCUGGCCCAGUGGCAUCGACAUUUGGUUUGAUGGAAGAAGAAGAAUGGCUAGAAAUGGAAGCUAAGCUAGCGAGUAAUGCCAAUGUGGAUGGGGAUUAGUUAAAAAUGGCUAGAAGGGUUUUGUUGGUAUGAUCUGUAGCUUCAUUUCUUCCAUUGCUUCACGAGAAAUGAGCUUUUUCCUUUGGAGAAGCAAAACACAGGGGGUAGUAGAAGAGAAAGUGAGAAACAGAGAGAGAGGGGGAAGACACACAAAUGGUUUGUCCAGUGAAGAAGUAGUUGUUGCUAAAGGGAGACACUCACUCUAUUUACAUGUAGUGGUAUUCUUUCCUAGUCCUCCCACCACAGCAGAUAUUUCAGUCAGAGAGAGAGAGAGAGAGCGGGCAGAGGAUUGUUUGUGAGAGGCCAAUGGGAGAAAUGAACUGAAAAGUUCCAG